CGGGGGAUCGGCCCCAGGGGCUCGUGCCGCGGACACGGUUUCCGUCCCGUGCUCAGCAUGCCCUUUUCUGGUGCGACUGGACCCUCCGAGGAAUCACUCUGGAGCUCAAGGCCAGCCUGCACGGUAAGGUGAUACGGCCGUGGUGUUGUCUCCUCCUGCGCCAGGGCUGCCCUCCCAGUUAACACACGUCUCCCAUCCCCCGGUAGGAAAUGGAGUCAAAGGUCUCUGAAGGUGGUCUGAACGUCACCCUCACCAUCCGGCUGCUGAUGCAUGGCAAGGAAGUUGGAAGCAUCAUUGGAAAGAAAGGAGAGACUGUGAAGAAGAUGCGUGAGGAGAGCGGGGCAAGGAUCAACAUCUCAGAGGGAAACUGCCCCGAGCGGAUCGUGACCAUCACUGGCCCCACUGAUGCCAUCUUCAAGGCUUUUGCCAUGAUCGCCUACAAAUUUGAGGAGGACAUAACCAACUCAAUGAGCAACAGCACUGCUACCAGCAAACCUCCAGUGACACUGAGACUGGUCGUGCCGGCUAGUCAGUGUGGCUCACUGAUUGGCAAAGGAGGCUCCAAGAUCAAGGAAAUCAGGGAGUCAACAGGUGCUCAGGUUCAAGUGGCAGGGGACAUGCUGCCCAACUCCACGGAGCGGGCGGUGACAAUCUCGGGGACACCUGACGCAAUUAUCCAGUGUGUCAAACAGAUCUGUGUGGUGAUGCUGGAGUCCCCACCAAAAGGUGCCACCAUUCCCUACCGCCCAAAGCCCGCCUCCACCCCUGUCAUUUUUGCAGGUGGUCAGGUAAGAGCCGACCCGCUUGCAGCCUCCACUGCCAACCUCAGCCUUUUACUGCAGCACCAGCCGCUGCCCGCCUAUACAAUUCAGGGACAAUACGCUAUUCCACACCCGGAUCAGUUGACCAAGCUCCACCAGUUGGCUAUGCAGCAAACCCCCUUUACUCCCCUUGGACAGACCACCCCCGCUUUCCCUGGAGAAAAGCUGCCCUUACAUUCCUCCGAAGAAGCUCAAAAUCUGAUGGGCCAAUCAUCAGGUUUGGAUGCCAGUCCCCCGGCCAGUACUCAUGAACUCACCAUUCCCAAUGAUCUAAUAGGCUGCAUAAUCGGACGCCAAGGGACCAAAAUCAAUGAAAUUCGGCAGAUGUCAGGAGCGCAGAUCAAAAUUGCCAGCGCCACGGAAGGGUCAUCGGAGCGCCAAAUUACCAUCACAGGAACCCCUGCAAACAUCAGCCUCGCUCAGUACCUCAUCAACGCCAGCUCUCCAGACCCUGAUCCCCAUGGGAGGAACACCUUCACCGCUUGACCGGAGCAUCGCAGCAGACGUGGUGCCAGUGGCUGACGCUUGAGUUCCCCCCAAAGACGUUGCCAGCUUCCUGUGAGCUUCUCCUUCUCCUCCGUGGCAUCCUUUGGGCCAGCUGCCUGAAGCCCCCUGCCCAUGGCUGCACAGAACCUCCUC